UGUGAUAUGUUAGACAUUAUAGAACAUAUUAAACAAUUAGAGAAUCCAGAAGGUGGUAAAAUUCUGUCUAUAUACAUUUACACAUUUAGCGGCCCAAGUAAACUCUAUACAGACAGGAAGACAUAUGUAAAGCUUCGUGUUGCAAUCCAUUCAGGAUUGAACUGAGGUCCUGGGUUGCUGACAGUCUCCCCUUGUCUUCAGACAAACUAAGGAGUCUUUGUCAGUCCACAAAAACCACUGAAUUGUACAAGAUCCCUGUUUUUCAGGAGAAACAGUAGCAACAACAUAGAUUAAGGAAUUGGCUCCUACCAGUUAGCAUGUAGGGGCCGGACUGAAUUGAGCAGGGCUGGCUGGAGGUUGGAAAUCCAGCUGGAUAUUGCAACUCGGGGCCAGGAUCUGUCCAUUAGAACUGCAGGCUGGAAACGCAGUCUAGAGGCAGAAUGGUUCGUGCUUUCCUCAAAAAUCCCUGUUUUCCAAACAAGUUCCUGAAACGCUUUCCUCAAACAGGGCCCGCAGCCAGUUUUAACAAUUUGGUUGAUAAUAUAGGAUAAUUCUUCUUUUACCCAAAGAGUUGGUUUUCGCUGUCUACAAGUAUGUACAUGUAUUUGGCAAAACACACACACACACAAAAACAAACCUGGAUCCUACAGUACACACCACAGUGCCUAUGUAGUACCUCCUUUUUUUCAGCCAAGAACUUUGCCCUUCUCCCUCAGGCCUUGUGAAUUAGAAAAUGUUUGCCGUUAUAGCGAUCAGUGACAUUCCGAGAUGUAGCCGUUGCCUUCUCCCAAGAAGAGUGGGGAUUCCUAGACCCCGCUAAAGAGAGAACUGUACACAGCUGUGAUGUCGGAGACUUACCAGAACCUGGUCUGGCUGGAGAGCAAGUCAACAUGGGAGAGCAAGGAAUUGUCUUUAAGGAAGACAAUGAAAGAGGAAACAUACCAACAUGAAACAGCGACAGAAAAAAAAAAAAAGCACAUGUAGAAAAUACAGAAAAACCUCCUGCACCAUGACGCAUCUCAUCGUCCGUCAGAAAAUCCUUAGGGAACAGAAACACUGCCGGUGCUACGAGCGUGGGAAGUCCUUCCGCCGCCGCUCGACGCGCAUCCAGCAUCCAAGGAUCCACACAGGAGAGGGACCCUAUCAGUGCGGCGAGUGCAGCAAAACCUUCCACAAGAGGGCCCACCUCACCCAGCACCAGCGCUUCCACACGGGCAAGAAGCCCUACACCUGUGGACGGCAGACGGGCCUUCAGCCAGAUGACCCACCUCUCUCAGCAUCAGAGCACCCAUGCCAGAGGCGACGAGUACAGAAGGCCUUCAGGUGCCCCUCAGCCCUGGUCAACCAGCAGAGAAUCCACAGCGGGGAGAAGCCCUAUGAGUGGAAGGCCUGUGGCAGAGCCUUCACCCCGAGCGCCCAGCUCAUCAGGCACCGGAAGAGUCACUCCGGAGAAAAGCCCUACGGAUGCAGCAAGUGUACGAAAUCCUUCGUCCGUCCGUCUACCCUGAUGGAGCAUUAGAGAAUUCACACCAGAGAAAAGCCCUAUCAGUGUGAGGACUGUCAGAAGGCCUUCUGGCGCGUUGCGCAGCUAACUCAGCACAGGAGGGUUCCUACUGGUGAGAAACCCUACACGUGUGAGGACUGUGCACAGGGCCUUUACCUGGAGGUCCCCUUCCGUCCUUCACAGGAGCAGUCACAUGGGAGAGACACCCUACGAAUGUCAUGUGUGUGGGAAAACCUUCUGUAGCCACUCUUCACUGGUUGAGCAUGACAGGACUCACAGUGGAGUGAAACCUUCCGGAUGCCACAGGUGUGGGAAGGCCUCUAACACCUCCUCCUCGACUCUGUCAGCAUAAGAGAAUUCAUACCGGGGAAAAGCCCUUUGGUUGCCACGACUGUGGGAUAUCCUUCAGGUGCACAUCACACCUUACUCGACAUCAGCGAAUUCCUACGGGAGAAUAUUGACAAAAGCCAACAGGACUUGAAAAUGUUACUAUUCCAGUAUUUAAGCAUCAGUCCAGGUCUUGGGAACAAGCAGCCUCAAUUGACUCUGACUCUCUAAAGCAGUUUAUUCUCAAGGUCUCAAGAGCUCAUUGAAAAAUAGAUAACCCACAAGGACCUACUUUA